AUGAAGGACAAGUCCAAGAAUGCUGCGAAGACACGAAGAGAAAAAGAAAAUGGAGAAUUGAAUGAACUGGCCAAGCUGCUGCCGCUGCCCUCGGCCAUCACAUCUCAGCUGGACAAAGCGUCCAUCAUCAGACUGACCAGCAGCUACCUGAAGAUGCGAGCCGUGUUUCCAGACGGGCUCGGAGAGGCCUGGGGUCAGUCAGCAAGGGUCAGUCCUCUGGACAUCAUGGCCAAAGAUCUGGGGUCUCACCUGCUGCAGACGCUGGACGGGUUUGUGUUCGUCGUCGCGUCUGACGGUAAAAUCAUGUACAUUUCAGAAACAGCUUCGGUACACCUGGGCUUGUCACAGAUGUCCACGGAGCUGGAGCUCGAGCGCUCGUUCUUCCUGCGCAUGAAGUGUGUUCUGGCGAAGCGGAACGCGGGACUCACCUGCGGCGGUUAUAAGGUGAUCCACUGCAGCGGUUAUCUGAAGCUCCGUCAGCUGCUGAUGGACGUGUCUCUGUUUGAGUCCUGCUAUCAGAUCAUGGGGCUGCUGGCGGUCGGUCAGUCUCUUCCUCCCAGCAGCGUCACCGAGAUCAAACUCCACAGCAACAUGUUCAUGUUCCGCGCCAGUCUGGACCUCAAACUCAUCUUCCUGGACAGCAGGGUGGCCGAGUUAACGGGUUACGAGCCGCAGGAUUUGAUUGAGAAGACUCUCUACCAUCACGUCCACGGCUGCGACGUCUUCCACCUGCGAUACGCACAUCAUUUACUGCUGGUGAAGGGGCAGGUCACCACCAAGUAUUACCGGAUGCUGGCCAAACACGGCGGCUGGGUUUGGGUGCAGAGCUGCGCCACCAUCGUUCACAACAGCCGCUCGUCUCGGCCGCACUGCAUCGUCAGCGUCAACUACGUCCUCACCGAUGUGGAAUAUAAACAGAUGCAGCUCUCUCAGGACCAGAGCAGAUCCAGACCGUGUCUCUCCUAUAAGACCUCGAGUCUGGCGGCUCCUCAGGACUCACGCAAACAGCUGAAAGCCAAAGCAGCCAAGAUCAAAAGCAAAGCCCCGUAUCCGCAGGUAAGAGCGCUCGCAGGCUCACCCGGGAACGGUUUCCAGACCUCGCUGCAUGCUGACGAAACGGAGUGUCCCUCGUGGAAGUCGAGUCCCUGCAGCCUGCCGUCCUGUCAGGAGCAGACGCAGGCCCCCGAGCCGUCCUACACACGGUCUUUAAAACGUCGUAAAGUUGCCUUCAGAAAUCCUGCUGAAACCCUGAGUGACAGAUGA